AUGGACGUCAUGGACCAGCUGGUUUUCUCGGAACUUCGCAAAGGUCCGUCUGGCACGCCAAUGACCCAGCGAACAGUCUUUGGUUGGCCGUUGUUUGGGAGUGUCGAUGGCUCUCAUCCCGCUACGCCCCGAGUGCAAUCGCUGCAUUGUGAGGUGACACUGGAAAGGACGCUAACCAGGUUAUGGGAACUGGAGGAAGCUCCACAAAAAACGCAUCUAACACACGAUGAGAGUAUCUGUGAAAACCAUUUCGAGUCAACGCAUCGAAGAGCUUCUGAUGGUCGGUUUAUAGUUGAGCUGCCCCUGAAAUCGGAUGUACCGUUGGGGGACUCGCGAACUUUCGCCGUUCAGAACCUGCUACGCCUCGAAAGACGACUCGCCCGCGACAACGACUUGCGUGUACGUUACAAUGAGUUUAUGCAGGAGCUCAUUGAUAUGCGUCAUAUGGAGCCUGCGUCCAAAACUUCGAAUCCAGUCUAUUACAUGCCACAUCAUCCAGUCGUAAAAGAGUCAAGUGUUACGACAUAA